CACGGCGAAAGAGAAGCGCAUAUUACCCUCCUCCACCCACCGCCGCCCUCCUCCGGGAACCAAACGCCACUCCCUCACUAACAUGCGCCAUCCGCUCCUCUCCUCCUCCAUAGCCAUGGCACCUUCUUCAAUUUCUCUCUCUAAACCCCUCAGAAAACCCUCACCCUCUGUCCGCGCAAACCCUAAUGUGAACUCCUCACACAAUUGCCCUUCCUCCGCCGCGGCGGUCCCCCACCACCCCUGCAAGCACUCUCCUUCCGCCACGCUCGACAUUCUCAUCCUCGUUCUCGUCCUCUUCUCCGGAGCCUUCCUGAUCUCCUCCUACUUCUCCUACAUCUUCCAUUCCCUCUCCCUCCUCGCCCCCUCCUUCUCCGUCUCCGCGCUGCUCUCCUACCUCAGCUCCUUCGAUGUCCAAAUCCAUUACGUCCUAUGCACCUUCUUCUUCGCCAUCUUCGUUGCGGUGGCUGCUGCUUACCAGAUCUGCUGCGGCAACAGAUCCAGGAAAUGCGGCAAAUCUGGCUGCAAGGGGCUCCGGAAAGCUAUGGAGUUUGACUUGCAGGUCCAGGAAGAGGAGUGUUUGAAACUGGGGGAUGAGAGUAAGGCUGUCAGGGAGAUCAAUGAGCUGCCGUGGAAAGGUGGCAGCGAAACUAACUUGGAUUACGAGUGCCUUCGUGCUGAGCUGAGGAAGAUGGCCCCACCCAAUGGCCGGGCUGUACUACUUUUCCGGGCUAAAUGUGGAUGCCCCAUUGCCAAACUCGAAGGCUGGGGUCCCAAAAGGGGCCGUCGCCACAAGAAGAGUAUUGUGGGUCUUAAUGGUAGAGACCAUCUCUAGUUGCAGGCUGCCAUGGAUGAUGCAUCUUUGAGAUCUUUUCUGCCUGCAGUUGCUGUUGCCCUUGUGAUUUCAGGACUCAUUCCCUCUUACAGUGCUGCUGCUUUUCUGUCUUCUAACUUUACCCAAUGGUACAUCCAAAGGCUUUCUUCAAAAAACUACACCCCAGUGUAUACUCGUUCUCAUGAACAUUUCCUCUCCUUGAAGGAUAUAUAUAUAUAUACAUGUCAAAAUUACAUGGCAAUAAAUCUUGAUAGUUAGU